UUGCUUUGUAAUCAUGGCGUCCGAGCGUUACAGUUUUUCUCUUACGACUUUUAGCCCAUCUGGUAAAUUGGUCCAAAUUGAAUAUGCAUUAGCUGCCGUUGCUGCCGGCGGCACUUCAGUCGGUAUUAAAGCGUCAAAUGGAGUCGUAAUAGCAACUGAAAACAAGCACAAGAGCAUUCUGUACGAUGAACAUAGUGUGAACAAGGUUGAGAUGAUCACAGGACAUAUUGGAAUGGUAUACUCCGGCAUGGGCCCGGACUACCGCCUCCUGGUGACACAGGCCCGUAAGAUGGCCCAGCAGUACUAUCUCAUGUACCACGAGCCCAUUCCGACUGCUCAGCUCGUGCAGAGGGUCGCUACUGUUAUGCAGGAGUACACACAAUCUGGUGGCGUCCGUCCCUUUGGUGUCUCUCUUCUAAUCUGCGGCUGGGAAAACGACCGGCCGUAUCUCUUCCAGUGCGAUCCCUCUGGGGCGUACUUCGCGUGGAAAGCCACGGCAAUGGGCAAAAACUUCAAUAAUGGGAAAACAUUCCUUGAAAAAAGGUAUGGAAAAGAAUUUAGUGUCAAUGAAUAA